CAUACAACUGCAAGAUUGUCCGUGGCAGCUCCCCUUCAUUGCACAUUAAUCAUGAGAAACCCACAGCGUAUAAAAGACAGACAUUGAGAGCAAGUGAUUUCCGCCGUCCUGAGGGGCCACGAGCUCACAGUACCGAGUUGAUUAAUAUGUAAACACUGACAUUAAUCCACGCCUGUGCUCUAAAGGAUGGGAUACAUUUGAAUGCGUUUUAUUGCACUGUAUCGAAAAAAAGAAUGCGCAGAAGUUGCCCAUAAAAGGGAACCAAGAACUGUUUUUUUUUUUUUUUUUUUUUCCUUUUUUUUUCCUUUGGCGCUCACGAUCUUGCUCACUUCAGUCUUGAUCGAACAUACCGGCGGGAUGGAUUGCACAGGAUUUACAACAACAGUUGCCUGAAUUAUCUUCCUAAAUCAACUAAGACGCGCAGGAGGGAGGGGAGCCGGAGAAUCUGGGUGCGCCUGUGUGUCAGAGGGUGUUCGGAAGAGUGAGGGAGCAUCUCAGAUAGAAGAGGAGAGAGAGAGUGGAGAAAGAAAGGAGUAAGUCUGGACCAGGUGAUCGACUGCUACCAAACCUCCAAGGGGCUUUGGGUUAUAUCAGCGCGCAAAAAGGAUCAGCGGUUCGACCAUGGCGCCAGCGCGCUGUCCGGCACCCUGUGCCAUGCUAGCGCUCAACCUCCUCUUGGGAUGCGGCGUGGCGUUUUGUCUUGGCCAGAACGAUACGGAACCCAUCGUACUCGAAGGAAAGUGUCUGGUGGUGUGCGACUCGAACCCUUCUUCGGACGGAGCCGUCACCUCCUCACUCGGCAUAUCCGUGCGCUCCGCUGGCGCAAAGGUGGCUUUUUCCGCCGUGCGCGGAACCAACCACGAGCCGUCAGAGAUGAGCAACACGUCCAUGACCAUCUACUUCGACCAGGUAUUAGUGAACAUCGGCAACCAUUUCGAUCUCAAGGCAAGCGUUUUCCAGGCACCUCGGAGGGGGAUUUAUAGCUUCAGCUUUCACGUGGUGAAAGUCUACAACAGACAAACCAUACAGGUGAACCUGAUGCAGAACGAUUAUCCGGUUAUAUCGGCAUUCGCCGGCGACCAGGACGUAACGAGAGAGGCUGCCAGUAACGGAGUACUGCUGAUGGUCGAACGGGACGACCGGGUCUACCUGAAGCUGGAACGAGGCACCCUAAUGGGCGGAUGGAAAUACUCCACCUUCUCAGGCUUUCUAGUCUUUCCUCUAUAAUCUGCGCCGAUCCACGUCGCACUGGACUCUGCUUUUAGGUUGAGGAACAAAAGAAAAUAAUAAUAAAUGAUGAUAAUAAUAUUUUCAACAUUAAUAACUGUCAGCCAAGGAAGCCGACGAAUAUCUGUAUAUCUACACUCGUCUACUAUCUAGUCAAAUAUGAACGUUUCCUUGGAGUUCCACAUAUUCAAAACCAUCAAUCAACUUUUACGCAAUCUGGAUGAUUAAACGUAUUGAUCGGCUAAUGGUGAGUGCUUGUCGGGUAUUUGGAUUUUUUUUCUUUCUUGUUUGGGGAAACAAACUUUGCCAUCAGACUAUCAGGUGGAAAAAAAUAGACAAGGGAGGAGUUGACACGUGGAAGAACUGAAGCCUUGGACAUGGCCGCGUGCGUAAAGCUCUAUUUAUGUUUGUAUAGCCUUAAAGAGUUUAUGUGGUUUCAAAUGAAUUAUAUGGAAUUAUGGACAUGAAGAGAAGAAGUGCUUUUACACCCAAGACAUUAUUUUUUUUUUCCUCUUUUUUUGCACGAAUGGACGAUUUUUCUUUCUGUUUUGUGCUGUCAAUGGUGUUGCGUUUGGAUGCUGAACAUGUUGAAAAAACGCCAAACUGUAGGGCGUAGACGACUUUAUGAAAAGAGACAAAGGAAAAAAAGACGACAUAUCUCAGCCACCGGAGACCACUUCUAAAUCCAUUUUAUUAAAAAAAAAAGAUAAUUAUCCAAUUUAUAAAGUACAUAUUCACAUUAUUGUGUGUUCUACAUUUCGGAUCUGCGUAGCUUUGACUGAUUUAAUGUUCAGUGACGUUGCUCACCAAAUGUACAUUGUGAAAAAUAAUAGAAGAAUCCCUAUAUGUCCCGCUUAAUAAAAUAUAUUGUAUUGUAUAGGC